CAGGUGGGACCGCGGGAACCAGGAAGUGUUAAUUGUUGGCAGUAUAAAUAUCGGCACCAUAAGGGUGCAAGAGAACCAGGUAGUCGAUGUGCAGCUGUGUUUUGGUGUUCCCGUGGUUCCCCCUGUGACGAGUUUCUACAGUCACAGCAGAGAGACACCCAGCAUUGAAAACAAGACCCUGACACUCAGAAGCUGUGUGGGACUCACACCUUUUAAAAGUUGCUGGUGUGGGAUGAUCAGUAGAGAAGAUGGAAAAGAAAAAUGCAGACCAGGAAACUGUUACAGGUGCACCAGGAAUCCACAGUGUUUCACAGAGUUUUGGCAGUUUUGGCCAUGACUACAAGGGUAUAAUCCCUGCACGUGAUGCCAGCUCCAUGAAUAUCGAAAGACCUAAAUUCAGCAACUAUAAGAUUCCUGGUUUGUUGAGGAGAGUUUUCAAGGGGUCUGAUAGAAAGUCCAGACAUCAAGAGGUUGGUGAAUGGAGCCUGGAAGAGUGUCGACACUCCAUCAUGGAGCUGGUAAAGGAGCUGAACAGAGUCGUGAAGAACUCUGCCAUACCUGCCCCUGUGUCCAGUGAGGAUACAUGCAGCCUGGAAGAGUGUCGCUGCUUCAUCAUGAAAUGGGCUGACGAGUUGGACAAGCUGGUCCAGACUCCAAAGCAAAGUGCAGGGCUGGUUGAUAGAAGAAAAGGGGUGGGGCCGAGUGAAGAAGAUUUCACAGGAGCAGAGGAGAUGGAACAGAAUGAAGGGGAGGAGCUGGAUGAGAUGGGGGGGUGUGGCAAAGUGGUAGGUGAAUACAGGGGGCUAAAUGAGAAGGUGGAACAUUAUGAAGAGGUGGGGGAGAAUGAAGGAGAGGAGCUGAACCAAGAGGAGGAGCAAAGACUGAAGGAUGGUCAUGACAUCAUCAUGGAGUGGACAAGGGAGCUGAAGACAGUGCCGGAGAACUCUGUUUCAGCGGGGGAGGCUGUGGAACAGGGUCUUGCAGAGCUGGUGAAGGAGUGGAAACGAGGCAAGCUGAGGAACAUCUUACCCAUCAUGGAGUUCAUCAUGUGGGCCCGGAUCAAGGAGGAGGCAGACAAGGGAAUUGUCACUCGGAUGUGGUUCUGUAGAAUGCUAAAAUCUCAGAAUAUUGGUGCUGGGAGAUGCCUUCCUGAUUCAGUGUGGCAGUGGAUUCACAAGGCAUCAGUUGACGUGACUCUUGACCCUGAUACAGCACAGCCCUGGCUCACCCUGUCUGAGGAUGGGAAAAGAAUGAGACGGGGAGAGACACGGCAAGAUCUCCCUGACAAUCCAGAGAGAUUUGAUGGCUGGCACUGUGCGCUGGGCAGGGAGGGCUUCACCUCAGGGAGACACUACUGGCAGGUGCAGGUGUGGGGGAAUACAUGGUGGAGAUUAGGAGUCAGCAGAGAGUCUGCCCCGAGGAAGGGGGAGUUCAGCAUGACCCCCCAGAAAGCUUACUGGACUUUGCAGUGGUGGAGGUGUAGAGAUAGCCAUGAGUUCAGUGCUCUCAUUGACCCCGAGACCCCCCUCCCCUCGAACCUGAAGCCCCGGAGGCUGGGGGUGUAUCUGGAUUAUGAGGAAGGGCUGCUCUCCUUUUACAAUGUGGAGACCAGAUCUCACAUCUACACUUUCACUGACAUGGAGUUCAAUCCCAAUGAGAAACUCUAUCCACUCUUCUGGACUUGGGACUUAAAUACAGACCUUGUGCUGGAGUCCCCUGACCCUGACCCUGUCAGCACUGCAGAUUAAACACACAUUGCUGUCUGAACCAGGAAACUAUUCAAACAGCUCAGACAAUCUCCUCUUCACUUUCACUAACACUCUCUCUGCACUCUUGUGGGCUGAUGAUACAAAGUCCUCUCUCUUCCACCCUCUUUACUCUGAGCCCCUCUUUAUUUUUUUACACCCCCUUUCUUUCCCUUCCUGUCUCCCUCUCCCCAUACCCUACACAUCUUUAUCUCCAGAUAUCCUCUCCUUCACUUGUUAUCUUCUGCUUUCCUCCCCCUACCCCUCUCUCCUCUCUGCUUUUCUCUCCCCCUCCUUCUCUCCUCAUCUCUCCCCUCUGAUAUGUUACCCUUACUUACUACUCUCCUCUCUCCUGUCUCAUCUCCUCACCCCUCUCUCUUUCUCUCAUAUCCCCUCCCCUUCUCUCCUCUUCUAUCCCCCUUCCCUAUGGCUCUCCUCUCCUCAUUCUCUCUCCCUUCCCUCUGAUAUGUUACGUAUACAUUUUGAUUUACUUGGGUUACAACUUAAAAUCUCUCAUCUACCUUCUCCUCCCUGCCCUCUCAAACUCUCCUCCCCUGCCCUCCAUACUCUUCCUCUCUCCGCCACUGUCCUCCCUACUUCACCUAUCCCCUCCCUGCCUUCUCUACUCUCUCUCCUCCACUGUCCUCUCUACACUUCUUCUCUCCUCUUCUGCCCUCCCUACUCUCACCCUCUCCUCUCCACCCGGCCCUCUCUACUCUUCCUCUCUCCACCCAUCCUCCCUACUCACCUCCCUGCCCUCUUUCCACUCUGCCCUCUCAUCAUCUCUCAUUUCUACUCUCCCUCUCUCCUCCGCUAUAAUCUCUAAUCUCUUUCAUCCCAUGUAAUCCCUACUCUCCCUAUCUCCACACUGACCUAUCUCCUCUCUCCACACUGACCUCUCCACUCUCCCUCUCUCCACACUGACCUCUCCACUCUCCCCCUCUCCACACUGACCUCUCUACUCUCCCUCUCCUCCCUGUCCUCUCUACUCUCUCCACUCUCCCUCUCUCCUCUCUACUUUCCCCUCUUCUUUUAUGUGGUGAUAUAGCUGUGGAAUGUGGCAGACCUGGAAGCCGCCAGCAUUAGUAACUGUAGGACCAUAAGUGUAGUUAAAGGGUUAAACACUAGAACUACCGGGCGUACAUACAUACCUGGAACUACCGCAGCAGUCAUUUUUACGUUAUAUUAAAAUGUGUAUAAAACUACUGCAGCGUCGCACGCUACGAAACUGUUCUGUGUUAAUGUAGUCAAAACAGCGUGUUUAUUUUAACAUACCAAACAGAGUGCUUACCUUUAAUUACAAUCUCCUCACUUGUAUUUUCCCAUCAUUUCUUUGUAAAUCAGACAUUCCCCCAUCCUGCCUGUGAUAUCUGGAGUGUUAAAACUUUGGUUUGCGAAAAAUGUUGCGUUUUGAUGUUAUUAUUUGUUUUCCUUCAGGAUAUUGUCUGUGACACAAUUUUUGCAGCCUGUUUACACACGUGAGGGAAACCUGUUACAACACGAGCACUGACAUGAGGCUUGGGGGUGGUGCUGGAAGGGGACUUAUGAUUGCAAAUGCUGGGCUGUGAAACAGAGUGGUUUUAGCAGAUCAGAGACGACUUUUGGCAUGCAGCGGGAGCUUACAACACUCUGUGGGAGCAAUAGAGAAUAGUGUCAGAGAUUUGUUUGUUUGACUGUUUUAUACAAGUGUUUUCUGUUUACCCUUUUAUUUUGUGCCUGAGUUUGACUCUGUUAGCUGUUCAAUGGUAAUUUCCGUCUCCAGUUUUGCAGUAGCUGGUUUGGUACACUAUUAUUGAGUAACUUUUUUUUUUUUCAAUAUAAUCACGUCUAAGACUUCCAUAGAUAAAAGCGCAUUCAAUCUUUUUACAGCUGUUGAUAGAUAAAUCAUGUCUGAAAAUGUCUCCUGUAGCUAUUCAAAACAAGCACAAAGUUCUCAAGUUCAGCAGCACGAAGCCAAACCAUGGCAGUCAAAAUGACAGCUGCGGUAGUUCUAGGUAUAACGUAUCAGAUCUCCAUAAGUUUCUGCAACCCUGGAUCUACUGAUGGUUUGAGAUGAUUGAUUAAUA